AUGUCAAUCCGCACUCUGAGAAUCGGGCUCAUCCCCGGUGACGGCAUCGGCAAGGAAGUCAUCCCCGCCGGCCGCCGCAUCCUCGAGGCGCUCCCGUCGUCGCUCAAGCUCAAGUUCGACUUUGUCGACCUCAAGGCCGGCUUCGAGGCCUUUGAGCAGACGGGCUCCGCGCUGCCCGACGCCACCGUCGACGUCCUGCGCAACGAGUGCCAGGGCGCCCUCUUCGGCGCCGUCAGCUCGCCCACCCACGCCGUCAAGGGCUACUCGUCGCCCAUUGUCGCCCUGCGCAAGCGCCUCGACCUCUACGCAAACGUCCGCCCCGUCAAGACCGUCAUGACCGCCGCCAAGCCCAUCGACAUGGUCAUUGUGCGCGAGAACACCGAGGACCUCUACGUCAAGCAGGAGACGACGCGCGACACCCCCGAUGGCAAGGUCGCCGAGGCCAUCAAGCGCAUCUCCGAAAAGGCGUCCUUCCGCAUCGCCGCCAUGGCCGGCGACAUUGCGCUGCGCCGCCAAAAGAUCCGCGAGAGCGGCGCCCCCAGCAUCCACAGCAAGCCCCUCGUCACAAUCACCCACAAGUCCAACGUCCUCUCCCAGACCGACGGCCUCUUCCGCACCGCCUCCAAGAACGCCCUGUCCGACCCAAAGUACUCUUCCGUCUCCGUCGAGGAGCAGAUUGUCGACUCCAUGGUCUACAAGCUCUUCCGCCAGCCGGAGGCCUACGACGUCAUUGUUGCCCCGAACCUGUACGGCGAUAUCCUUUCCGACGGCGCCGCCGCUCUUGUUGGCAGUCUCGGUCUCGUCCCCAGCGCCAACGUCGGCGAGGGCUUCGCCAUUGGCGAGCCUUGCCACGGAAGUGCUCCCGAUAUCCAGGGAAAGAACAUUGCCAACCCCAUUGCCACUCUGCGAAGCGCUGCUCUGAUGCUCGAGUUCCUCGAGGAGCCCGAGGCUGCUGCCAAGAUCUACGCUGCCGUUGAUGCCAACCUGGAGGAGGGCAAGCUGCUGAGCCCCGACUUGGGUGGCAAGGCCACUACUGAUGAGGUUGUUGAGGAUAUCCUGAGGCGUCUGUAG